AUGGACAUGGUAUUCACAAGCCUUGAUGAUUGUUAUUCAAUGUAUGUUAAGUAUGCCAAGGAUUGUGGGUUUUCAGCCAGGAAAGGGACUACAAAGACAAACUCCAAAGGUGUAUUACAUAUUCAGUAUUACUUGUGUACGAGAGCUGGGGUAUAUAAGGACAAGAAGGUUGAUACGUUUGACCCCAAUCAAAAGGAGCGUUUAGUGCGAUCCAACUUUUCAAAGAGGACUGAUUGUGGUGCACUGUUAGGUGUAAUUUUUGAGGCUGGAUCGUGGAAGCUCCAGAAGCAUGUCAUACACAGCAUGUCUAAGUUGAAUUUGGGUCCAGUCAAGGCGUUUAAUGUUAUGAAGACUUGUUUUGGCAGUUUUGAAGACGUGGGUGCAAGUAAAGUUGAAUUUAAGAACUACAAGGGAUACGCUAUGGUGUUUGUAUCGUUCACUGGUAUAGACAAUCAUCACUGCAAUGUUACAUUUGGUGCUACAUUAUUGGCGUCGGAAACUGCUGAUACGUAUAUUUGGUUGUUGAGAGUUUUUCUAAAAGUUGUUGGUUCUCAACCAAAAGUUAUUGUCACUGACCAAGAUCCAACAAUGAAGAAGGCUAUUUCUGUUGUAUUUGUUGACACAAGGCAUCGGUUAUGCAUGUGGCAUGUGAUGCAUAAACUUUCUCUGAAGGUUGGUGUUAGGCUAUGCAAUUCUACCAAUUUCAAAGAACGUAUUUGUGGUGUUGUGUGGACGGAUAUUCUUACACCUGAAGAGUUUGAAUCAGAAUGGGAAGUGGUUAUCGGAGAGUUCAAUUUAGCAGAUAAUGACUGGCUAUCUGAUAUUUUUGCACUCAGGGAAUCUUGGAUCCCUGCAUACUAUAGAAUGGAAGAGAUGUCGGGUCUUAUGCGAACGACAUCGAGGUUGGAGAGUGAGAAUCAUUUUUUUGGUCAAGUGUGCAAUUCAAAAGCUACUCUUGUUGAGUUCAUGACUCAUUACGAAACUGCAAUAGAAGCACAGCGUCACAUGCAUCGGAAAAAUGAUCAUGAAUCUCGAUACAAACGACCCCAGUUGAAGAGUAAUUACCAAGUGUUGGAAGGCCAAACUGCUGACAUAUACCCAAAAAAUAUUUUUUGUGACGUUCAAGCUGAGCUAAUUGGAAUUGCGGAUUGCAUAAUUCAACUUUACGAAGAUUAG